CUUUCGCUCUCGCCCACCAACUGUUUGUGAAAACGCCUCCGAGAGAUGCACGCGCUGGCGGCGGCGCCGUCGUGCCCCUCGUCCACGCUCUCCGGCGUCCGGCCGCCGGAGCCGUGCGCUCUACGUUGCAGAAGCCUUGCCUUCCCUAUUAUCGCCUUCGGAGCUCUCCUCCCGCCGCCGCGGGGCUGGAGGUUGCGAGGCUUGACUGUGCGGAUGGCGCCGGAGGAGGAGAAGAUGACCCGCAGAUCUCCUCUUGAUUUCCCAAUCGAAUGGGAAAGACCGAAACCAGGACGACGACCUGAUAUAUUCCCGCAAUUCAGUCCAAUGAAAACACCGCUGCCGACACCAAUGCCAGCCGACCCUCCGGACGAGGAUGAGGAAGAAGAAGAAGAAAAGAAAGAGGAAGAAGAGGAGGAUCCUGAAAAGGAAGAACCUGAAAAACCAGAGCAGUCUAAAAUGCAACAACAUAAAACAGGAUGGUGGUGACCUUGAGUAGUAUCAUCCUUUUAUAUUUUGUAGUUUUGUACCCCCAUAAUAUAUUAAUAUGUUUAUUUUCACGGGAAAUGAAGAUUUUUAACUGUUAAUGUAAAAGAGUUUUAUGCAUUAAUUUCUUA